CUGACAACUGGCAACCACCUGGACAUGGCAGAUCCCGCGCGAAUGAGAGAUCCAACUUACGUCGGGGCCCGUAUCCGGCAGCAGACGGCCCAUACUAUUCCCCUAGACCUGCCCCUCGAGUCCGACUUCCGUGAGGGCACGGACCACACUAUCACUGAUCACGUCCGAGCGCUUCAUGCCUCCCUCACGUCCCAAAAAUCGCCCCGACUAGCCUUCAUCGCUGAUAGGCUCGUGUUUCAUUUGCACGCGUUCGCGCGCGAGGUCGGCCUCACACAUGCCGAAUGGGCAGAAGCCGUCACUUUGAUUGGACGUGCAGGGAAGGAGAGCACCGCAGGGAAGGACGAGGUGGUUCUUUUCAGCGAUUGCUUGGGUUUGAGUGCUCUUGUCGACGAACUGGAGCACCCACGACCUGCCGGAUGCACCGAGAGCUGCGAGGAGGGCCCUUUCUACACGAAGGUGUUUCCGGAAGUGCCAUCCGGGGUUUCAAUCUCCCACCCGGAUACAGUAGGGGAACCAAUGGUCUUCGAGGCGGACAUCAAGAACCUCAGAGGAGAAGGCGUUGAAGGGGCGAAAGUUGAGGUAUGGCAAUCCGAUGGAGAGGGAGUUUACGAUGUUAUGUACGACACUCCACACCCGGCUGGCGCAGACGACAGAGCUCGGAUCUUGGCCGAGUCAAACGGCCACUUUUGGUAUCGCGGAGUACUGCCGGUGGCUUAUCCCAUCCCUGAUGAUGGUCCUUGCGGAGACAUGUUGCGUGCGCUCGGCCGUCAUCCGCAUCGCGCUUCCCAUUUGCACUUUCAUAUCACCGCUCCCGGAUACGAUUCCGUUACGACCGCCCUGUACCCUUCCCAUAGCCCUUUCCUGGGCACUGACCCCGUAUUCGCCACACGGAAAUCGCUCGUCUGUGACCUCCUACGAGUUGAUGACCCCGAACGAUGGAAGGCCUGGGGCUGGGAUGUCGAAGAGGUCAAGCGAAGGGGAGCAAAUGUCUGGUUCUGGAAGUACGGUUUUGUGUUGGCUACAGAGGAGGAGGUCCAGGAGGAGAAGCGCAAGAGAGCCAACUUGGCCACGAGUGAUAACUAGCUCAAGAUACCACUAGCUCGAACCCGAUUUCUGACGAUUUCAUGUAUCCGAAGAUGCCAAUCCCUGUCCGAAGAUUACCCAAACAAUGCAGGCUUGAGUGCGACAUUGUCGUAACAUGCUUUUGUUACAGAUGACAUAG